AUGGAAAUGGGUAACUGUAUUCCAUCUGGUAUCGAUCUGAACGACAUGGUUCACGCACCCCAAUCAGAUAAACUAAGAGAUAGUUCUGGAAUCUUGCAAUGCAACACAUGUGAGACAAUGGAUUAUGGAAGUAGUCCCAAUGAUUUCGGUCUAAACGAAAUGGAUUCUGAUAUAAAACUUCCCCUACUCACACGAAUAUUCUCACGCCAGACACACAACAAUAACUCAAGUAAUGGUGAUUUUCACCCUGAUUCACUUGGAAGUAACGGGCUAUUUUCACAAAACACUGGUAGAAUAAACGUAUCUUCAGGUUUAGUUAAACAGGACAUGAAGUGGAAUUCGCAGCUUGCGCGACCAGUGUUGGAACUACUUACGACUCCAUCCAUGAGCAGAGAACUAGAUACUCCAAGUGAAACUCAAAAACUAUUACCUUAUACUGCCGAAAAUAUUACAAAUGUGGAAGUAAAACGAAAUUCUGAUAAAGCAAGAGACAAUUCCACUAAUGACGUGGUUUAUCCAAGAAAAGAGAAAAUUACUGAAAGUGCACAAAUUACUGAAAUAGAUUCUAGCCCUUCCAUUAUGUCUAAAUGUUCUCUGAACAAAAAUCAAGUGGAACCUGUACUACCCUUUUAUGAAGAAUGGUUAUAUGACAAAAAUAAACAGAACUUGAGCGGCGAUUCAACAUAUAGCAUUUCAAAUUAUCGAAAGCUUUCGGGGGAACAAAGGCGAGUCCAACCACUUGUAGCCGUAGCCAAAAUGACUUACUCUCAAAAAUACCCUCAUGAAUUAAAUGUUUCAGAAGGAGAAAGGUUACUGAUACUUAAUCGCGUGUCGGCUCCACGUAAUAUAAUUGAAGGUAGAUCAAGCUCAUUAACAAAAGAUGAGGAUUUCUGGCUAGUUGAAAGAAUUGAGCUAAAGCAUAUGUCUAACCACUGUUCACGGAAAGGAUUGGUGCCAGGAGAAUAUUUGCAAAUUAUUGGUGAUUCCUUAACCACCCACAUUUCCUGGUUUGAUAUUGACAGAAAUGAAGCAGAAAGAUUACUGCUUUUAAUGGGUAACCCGUCGGGAACAUAUAUUAUACGUCCAUCUUCAGAUUCAGAUGAGACAUUCGCUCUAUCAGUACGGUAUUUGGACCAAUCGACACUGAUUUGGUCAGUGAAGCAUUACCGAAUAAGAUUUAGAUUGAAAGACGAAAAAUAUCAUAUAUUCCGGCGCAUUUCAUUUCCGACUAUUGAUCAACUGGUGGCACACUAUACAGUAAAUGCCGAUGGAAUCGCCUGCUGCUUAACUACACCAUAUCCGAAAAAUUACGAGCCACCAACAAAAUUAUCUUUGCUAGAAGUAAAUCGAAAUAACUUUGGAUUCAUUAAAAACUUGGACAAGGAAGCUUUGGUGAAGUAUGGUAUGGAACGUGGAAUAAUCAAAUGCCCGUAG